GUAUAAUUUCAAAGAGCAAUAGAAAUAGCACUUAAAUUUAUAUACAGCUUCACAGAGCUUUACAGCCCUCUCUAAGCAGUUUUUACGGAGGCAACAUAUUGCCCCCAACAAUCCGGGUCCUUAUUUUACUGACCUUGGAAGGAUGUAAGGCUGAGUCAACCUUGAGCCGGUGAGAUUCGAAUUGCCAAAUAAGCAAUGCAACAGAGAAGAUUUGCUUCCUGAGUCUUACCAGGUGACAUUUCCUGAUUGUAUGGGAUAGAUUAAAACGAUAGAAGAUAGAUGGCCUCUCAAACAAUUAGGCCCUAUGUCAUGAAGUGUUUUAUAAAUGAUAAUCAAUAUCUUGCAAUGCAGUCUGAAGCUGACUAGUAGCUAGUGCAAUUUACAAAACAGAUUCGUUCCGUGGACAGAUUGUGGCAUGCCCAUAGCCGUCUGUACCAUUGUAUACUGGACCAGCUGCAGUUUCAGACAUGGUCUUCAAAGAUGGCCAUAUGUAGAGUGUAUUGCAGUAGUCCAAGUGCAAGGCAAGCAAAGCCUGAGUGAUUGUCCUCCCAGUCUAAGUAUGGGCACAAUUGGCCGCUAGAUGAAUUAUGCAAGAAAGAAAACCCUCAAAACAUGUGCCAAUGUAAAGGGAGAAAUAAAAGAUUUGGAGUAAAAACUGCUGCAUUUCCAGUUCUAGGUAGUCCAAAUAUCCCAGGGCAUUAGUCUUGAUGAAAUUGAGAUUGUUCCUCCCCCUGCAGACCCACACAACCUUCAGUCACCGAGAUAAGAUCUUGAUAGCAUCACUUGUUCAGCCUAUGGUUGAGAUUUAUCACUGAGUAUCAAUGUACUGAUGAUACCUGACUCCAAACUAAUGGAUGAUCUCAUCCAGUAUCUCAUAUACCGGUAGAUACUAAAGGGAGGAGCAAGACCAUAAGGCCCGGAAGCACCCCACGUAUCAGGGGUCUCUGGCUUGAUUUCUCCCCCCUGCCAAUACUGAUUAGACAAAAGAAAGGAGAACAACAACACCAGAUUUCCCAUGCCUAAUCCCUCUUGGUUCAGAAGGAUAUGUUCUAUAGUACUGAUACUUGCUGAAAGAUUGAGGAAAAGUAGGAUACUUGUAAUAGCCCACCCUGGCUGCCUCACAUAUUAUCUGCAAGCACAAUUCGCAUGCUAUGAAACCUGUCUGGAAGUUUAUUCAAAAAUAAAUACGAUUUAUAGCACAAUCCUCUUGUUAAUAUUGUUAAAUAAACUUUGAAUGCCUUGUCCAUACCGAGAUACCAUGCAGAGUCAUUCCAACAUUGGACCUCAACUCUUGCUAGCUGGGUGUUCUUGGAAAACCCAUAAAACAAGAUAUGAAGAUGGUUACUCCGUUCGUCUCCCAACAAGCAAUUUUUAGGAGAAUAGCUAAACAGGGUGCUCAUAUUUUACCUCUUGUAAUUUACAACCUUUGGACUUUAAAAUGGACUUGAUUGAUAUUUGUGGAAAUUAUUUUGAAGCUUUGGAGGACUGAUGGAAAAACUUUAAUCUCCUGAUAAGAAUUUUUGUCACUCCAGGGCAUUAAAGCUGCUUCUGCUAAUCAGUGGGUAUCAAUGGAAAAAGGAUCAAAACAGAAAAAUGAUUAUCUCUUAUCAGCUCCUGAUAGGAAAUAAUAGCUCCCCUCCCCACUUUUUUCCAGAUAAUAGUGUUUUUUGCCCAAACCAAGUUUUGCAUCACAAAUUCAAGGAAAUAAUUUUAAAACAUGAAAUACGAAUCCCUGAUCUCACUUUGGCUGCUGGACUGGUGACAGAUAGGCAAGAGGAAAAACUAAAGCAAAGCAAAACUCAUCUCUGCCACUUCACUAUAUAGUUACAGCACUUCAUGCAGAAUUUCCCCAGUGCAGAAUAAAUCUGGUCUACGGAACUCAAAAGACUCUCAAAAUUCAAGAGAGGUGUUGAGGUGAAGACAAACGUAUCAACUCCCUACCUUUGUGUAGAGGACAGCUGCUUCAGCCCAUAGGUUUUAAUGCCAUAGAAAAGUAGCAAGACUUUAUGCCUUACUAUAUUCUGUGUUUAUUAUUAGGGUAAGAGGAGAGUUAUGUGAGUUUAUAUUGGUUAAGACAGCAUUUCUUGGUCUAGGUUGUUAUGUACUUCUUGUCAUUUAAUCUCAAGCAGGCAAAUAUAUUGGUUUGUUCUCCUGGCUUAAUGCUAGGCUAAAUUAUGUAUCAUUUCCUGCUAUUUGGGAGAUUAAGUGUUAUAAAAAACAGAUUGUUAUGGGCUGGAGCCUGUUUUUUUAUUUGUUUGUUUGUUUGUUUUGACUUGUAGAUGUCCUUGAAGCAGAUAGUACAUUAUCUAAUAUAUUUAGCAGAAGACAUGGAUGUGAUGAAUUCAUCUGAAUCUUAUCUUGGUUUAUGCAUUCAAAGUUUUCCCCAGGGAAUUUAGUUCUUUAUCUUCACCUGUUUCUCUUGUUUAAACCAUCAAAUGGUAUGACCUUUGAUUAAAGGAACUUUGCUAAAUGUAGUCAGUUGUGUUGAAUGUGUCAUGACUGAUGUGUACUUUGAGCUGUACCAGAAAUAUAAAUACAGUACUGAAAACUGCAACUGGGAGCAGAGAAAGACUCAUUACCCAAGGCAGAAUGUGGAUUUUGAUUCUCCUUGCUGGUCUGGAACUUUGUUGGGCUCAGUAUAACCCAAAUACAUUGCCUGGAAGGACAUCUAUUGUUCACCUCUUUGAAUGGCGUUGGAAUGACAUUGCUCUUGAAUGCGAACGUUACUUAGCACCUAAUGGAUUUGGUGGAGUUCAGAUCUCUCCUCCAAAUGAAAACGUUGUCAUUACAACACCAUGGAGACCAUGGUGGGAAAGAUACCAACCUGUCAGCUACAAGCUCUGUACACGAUCUGGAAAUGAGUCUGAAUUUGAAGACAUGGUGAACAGAUGUAACAAUGUUGGAGUAUACAUUUAUGUGGAUGCUGUUGUCAACCAUAUGUGUGGAGCUGCUGCUGGAUAUGGCCACCAUUCUACAUGUGGAAGCUACUUUGAUUCAAACAAGCAAGAUUUUCCUGCUGUACCAUACUCUGAAUGGGAUUUCAAUGACGGGAAAUGCAAAACUGUCAGUGGAGACAUAGAAAAUUACCAUGAUCUCUACCAGGUUCGGGACUGUCGCCUUGUUAGCCUUCUUGAUCUUGCACUAGAGAAGGAUUAUGUGCGUUCCAAAGUUGCAGAGUAUAUGAAUCACCUAAUUGACAUUGGUGUAGCAGGAUUUCGCAUUGAUGCUUCCAAGCACAUGUGGCCUGGGGAUAUGAAAGCCUUUUUAGACAAACUAAAAAAUCUCAACAUGAAAUGGUUUGCUGAAGGGACAAGGCCAUUCAUCUUCCAAGAGGUGAUUGAUCUAGGUGGGGAGCCCAUUUCAUCCAGUGAGUACUUUGGAAACGGCCAAGUAACUGAGUUCAAAUACGGUGCCAAACUAGGGACAGUCAUUCGCAAGUGGCAUGGAGAAAAGAUGACUUAUUUGAAGAACUGGGGUGAAGGCUGGGGUUUUAUGCCUUCUAAUAAAGCUGUUGUCUUUGUGGACAAUCAUGAUAACCAAAGAAGUCAUGGAGGUGGUGGAGCUUCUAUUUUGACCUUCUGGGAUUCCAGGCUCUAUAAAAUGGGAGUUGGCUUCAUGCUUGCACAUCCUUAUGGCUUUACAAGGAUCAUGUCAAGUUUCAGGUGGCCAAGACAUUUUGAAAAUGGAGAGGAUAUUAAUUCCUGGACUGGUCCCCCAAGUUAUGAAGAUGGAUCAAUUAAACCUGUAACAAUUAAUCCAGACACAACCUGUGGCAAUGACUGGAUCUGUGAACAUCGGUGGCGUCAAAUAAGGAAUAUGGUUAUUUUUCGCAAUGUUGUGGAUGGGCAACCAAUUACCAAUUGGUGGGACAACAACAGCAAUCAAGUGGCAUUCGGUCGCGGUAACCAAGGAUUUAUUGUCUUCAAUAAUGAUGACUGGAAUCUGACAGCCACAUUGCAAACUGGCCUUCCUGAAGGAAUUUAUUGUGAUAUUAUAUCUGGACAGAAGGAGGGUAAUGGCUGUACUGGAAUUAAUAUCCAGGUCCAUGGAGAUGGCACUGCUGAUUUUAAGAUUAGCAAUUUUGCUGAGGAUCCAUUUGUUGCCAUUCACACCAAAUCUAAACUAUAAUCUCAGUAAGAGAAAACAUAUUUCAGCAAUUUUGUUUUCCAAAGUAAUGGACGUCUUCAAAAUCAUGUUUGUCUUCCAAUAGUUUUUCCAUUUGCUUUACUGAGAAAAGGUCUUUGCUCUUC